AACCAUGGGAAAUAAAGCUAUCGCUGAGCGUAUUGCAACUGCAAAAGAGGUUGACUUGGUCUCCAAGUUCAACCUGGAGGAACUUAUUGACGACACUUUGCUGGAGUCUCUUGCCGAGGUUUUCAGUAAACAGUCAGGAAUCUUGAUCAACCAAGGAGGAGACCAAGCUCCUCACAAAAAGGAUUUCAUACAGUUUAAUGAACAAAAGAAUGAAGAUCUUGAAGAACUGAUUAAGGAGAGAGUUAUUUCUGAGAUCAAUGAGGAUAUCACGACAGGAUUCUCCACUCCAGACUUCUUCCUUGAAGAGCUAAAAGAUCCAAGAUUUGAAAAAUACUUCCAAGUUAAGGAGAGAGGUGAAGGUGACGAGUACUUCAAGAAACAGUACAAGAAGUUCUACAUCCUGUACAUCUACUAUAAGAUCAAGGUCCAAGAUUUGGAACUAACCAAGAAAGAUUUCUACGAAUCUUUUGAAAGCUUCUUUGAGAGUAAAGACACUAGUCUGAACUUUGCUAACUUUGAUUUGUCUAUGAGAAGCACUCUUACUAUCAUGAGAGAUUUGGGUGCGGAAAACCCAAGGUUGUUGGAGGUAACUCUUAAGAGUCUCUAUCAAUCAUUUUUGAGUACAACUGAUGAGAUUAGGAGAGAAGUCGGAAAUCUUGAUUUCUAUGCUGAGGAAGAAUUACUUGAUGAACUAAGAGAUUUCUUGACUGAGCACCUUCAGAAUAACUCAUCAGAAGCAAUCCAAGAGCUAUGCCUUAAGUUAAUUGUGCUUAUCGGUAACCAGAGAGGCUCUGGAGAAGACUACCUCAUUACCUAUAAUUUGAUUACUAAACACGGGUUUGAGUUCAACUUGGAUCCUGAAAUUAGCCAAAGUAAAUUUGUUGAGAGUAAAGGACAAGGAGCCAAAGGAGAUGAAGAUCUGCUCAAGGUAUCCUAUGAAGGAAGCAGCCUCGGACAUAUCCUGAAGGGUGAUCAUACUCAAGAGGUAGCACUAUUCCAAAAUAACCUCAGCAAUCAAGACGACAAAGACAAAAACAAGAAGGCUUUCCAUGAUAUAGAUUUCUUAAAGCCUCUUACCCUCACAGUUGACGACCACUUUGUGUAUGUCUACCAAGAAGAAGAAGGGUUAUUCAAAUAUGGAUUCUCUGACUCUGUGGAUACAAAGAUUGGGUAUCUUUACAAGAAGAACCCCAAAAUGGACGGCAAGUCUAAGUACUUCAUGCACUUGAAUGGCAAUCUUUACUGCAGAACAAAGAAUUCUGACGGAAAACCAUUCAUCCUGAUUAAUAAGGAAACUCUUAAGGAGAUCAAGAAUGAUGAUGAGUUUAACGCCAAGAUCGAAGCCCUCCACAAGCAGGAAGAUACUAAGAAGAGUGAAGAGGAAGACGAAGAUGAUGAUGAGAAGAAAGAAGAAGAGAAACCUCAGAUACUUGAAUGGACCAGAGAUGAUAAAGCUGAUGAAGAGAAGAAAGCUGGAAGAUACCUCUGUGAGUCCCCACUCUUUACAGAUGGGCAGAACAUCUAUGUAAUCUCUACAUUGAGAGAGAUGAAAGUGGUAAAUAAAGAGGAAGAAGAUCUUGAGGAAGAUAAGAAAGAUCUUGUGAUAAAGAAGUGGCUCCUUGAGGUUUAUGAUGCAGAAACUUGGGAGUUCAAAGACUCUAUUGAGCUCAAACUUGACAUUAAAGUCAGAGGUCUCGAUGAUGUUGUCUCUGAAGCUGAAGAGAAGGAGACUGAUAACAUCAAGCAAGUCAGAGAUAGCUUCAGUAUGGAGAACAUUACUAAAUGCUCAUUCGUGACCAAUGGAAAGAAAUUACUUGUUGGAGAAAGAAGAAGAUGGCAUAUCUAUGAUCUCGAAGAAUUAAAAUGGACAUUCAACCUUAAUCUUACACUUGAUCAUUGGGGAUUCGAUUAUGUUACAAAUACAUUCUGGGAAGUUACGAUGGGUCAAUCGUUGAGAAACUUUAAAAUCCCAGAUUUCAAGAUUAACGAACAUUCUGAUGAGUCUAACUUCAAAGGGAUCAUUGAGUAUAUUAACUCAAAGGUCGAUGAGAUCCAAGAAAUUCAGACAUUACAAGACAAAUUUGGUAAAUCAACUUCAAAGAGCAUCGCUCAAAGAUUGAAGAUGAAAUCUAAGCCACAAGAUAAGAAUGCCAACUUCAGUGCCAAGACUAAGCCUGACUACACUAGAUUCCUUCUUAUGAAUGUUCUCAAAGAAGGAUCUAAAGAACUGAUCAAUAUUGCUGAGCAAAUUAAUCCUCAGGCAGCUGUUGGAGUAGACAAAUUCUCUAUCUAUAGAGGAAGUUACUCUACUAUAGUCUCUAGUACUUUCUUCAGUGAGUUACUUCAAGCAAUUGAGAAUACCUUGCCUAUUUUCAUUAAGAAAGAGAAAGAGUCUUCAAACUUGUUAGAGCAAUACAACCUGUACAUGCUAUUCAUUCUUCUCAAGACAUCAAUGAUGUGCUUGAGUAAGCUAAACCUGUCUCUUUCAACUGUUGUUGCUCAGAAGUCUGACUAUGAUAGGUUCCUUAAGAUAAUUCAAGAGAAUAUCAGUGAGAUUGUCUCUAAAGAGAAGCUAGAGUUCACUUAUGAAGAAGGAAAAUACAAUGCUGAGCUUGAAACCCUCUGGGGUGCCAUUCAGAAUGAAUGCAGAGCCAUUAUGGCAUUCAGUCUUAGCUUGGUCUAUGAAUCUCUUGGUGACUUAAUGAGAAAAGUUUCAACUUCUCUUGAUAAGCUCGAAGCUGGAGAGGUUGACAACUCUCUAGGAAUCUACAUCAGAUACUUGACUCUUCCAGAGACUAUGAACAAAGCUCUGAAUGAUGUAGAAAUCAAGGACAUGAUCUUGGUCGUCUAUGAAAAACUUUGUGAUAAGAAAUCUAGAAAACUGAUCUCUGCUAUUGAGUCUGUUAAAUACAGCUCACAUGAAUUGAAGAGACUGACAUACAAUUCUUUGGAGAAGAACAGUGAAGGGUUCAUUUAUUCAGUGACUCAGAAUAUCAUCAACAAAUACUUCCAAGCCAACAAAGAGUUGGAGGCUGAAGAAGAAAAAGAGAAGGCAGAUAAAGAUAAGGUAGAGAAACUCGGCAGAAAAGUUGAGUUAAAGGCUAUCGACUUGAUCAAGGUUUUGGAGAUCAUCAGUGAGUCGACUCUCCAGAUUAUCGAGGUCUGCACUAAAGCUAGUCAGGUUUACUUGUUUGAAGCUUUAAAGCAACAAAGAAAAGAUGAGGAAAUUAAGAAUGAAGCAGAUAGACCUAAGAAAUCUGGACAUGAAAAAUAUGCUGAGUUCCAUAGAUAUCUCUACAAUAUUGCAAAGGAGAACAAUAAUUUCACUAAUCUUAUGCAUGUGUAUGUUGCUGCUUUCUCUUCUUUAAGAGAUUCAGCCCAUGUGAAGACACUUUCUCUAUUGUCAGUAAAGAUCUUAAGAGUCAUUGAGACUUUCAGUAAAUUCAAAGAUGUAAAGAGUGACGACUUAGAACUGAAAGAAAGUGAAGACUUGCUAAGAAAUUAUCUUGAUAAGGAUGUCAUCAAGUUCUUUGUCUGGACUAUCUCUAAGAUGUCUUACUCCUUCAUCAAUGUUCCAAAGGAAAUGGAUCUGAGCGAAGAAGAGAAGAUGAACAAAGCUAUUCUUGACUCUAAACUUCUCUCUGGUGGAAUGGAGAAUAGAUUCCUUGGUACCCUCACAAAAGAUACUUCCAGUCAGCUAAGAGACAUGUGUGAGGUAACUGGAGAUAAAGUUAUCAAGGGAUUCCUUACUAAAGAACCUGAGAAGAUUGAUGAUGAUGAACUCUACCUCCAAAUCAUCCACCAAGGAAGAGAUGAAAAUGUUGAUAGAAUCAUUGACAUCCUUCAGAUAAACCUUGAAAGAAAGCACAUCUGGGCUAAGGCUGCUAAAGAAGAAGGAAUGAGACUCUCAAGAGCUGCAUUUGCUUGUAUGAUUAAGAUCAGUGGUCUCUCCACUGACUUCUUCAUGCUCAUGGACGAACUUGAGAUGAAGCUAGAUACUGUUCAAGUUAUUGACGAGAACGCUACCAAAAAGGAACUUGCUAGAGAGAUCACCGAAAUCGAGUCUUACACAAAUAUCUUCAAGAGGUUCGAAAGCGCAGCCAAGAUGAGAGCCUGGUUCCAGGAAAAGAAAAAGAGCUGGGCUGAAAAGAUCAGAAAAGAGGAAGAAGAGAAAAAGCGUAAGGAAGAAGAAGAGAAGAGGAAGAAAGAAAAGGAAGAUAAAGAUAAGAAAAGAAAGGAAGAGACUAAGGAAGAAAAUAAGGAAGAGGAAGAAGAAGUUAUUGAUACUACAACUGCUGAUGCUAACAAGAAGAAAAAGGAUCAGAUUGAGCUAGCUAAGAUUGUGGAUAAGGUCGUUGAGAAGGCUGAGUUUAUGCUCAAGUUGGUCAUUCCUACUGAGUGGGGAAAUUCUGCCGGUGAUACUAAUUUGAUCCAAAGUAUGUCAGAAAGAGAAGAAAGAGAUAAAGAGGAAGAAGAGAUUGAAGAGAAAGGUGACUGGCUCACUAAGCUUAACACUUGGAAGAAUAGACAAGCUGAGAAUCUUGGACAAGAGAACCAUUCCGAAAUUUACUCUUCAAGUAUUGCGAGUAUCUUAGCUUGCCUCCAAGCACCAAUUACUGCUCAAAGGAUUAAGAAGCAAAUUGAGAAUAUUUAUGUCAAUGCCAUGAAGAGAAUCUGUGGUUUCAGACUCAUUGCUAGACUUUCAUAUGUAAAUCAUCCAAUUGAUACUUGUAUUGAAUACCUCAACUGGUUCUGUAGUAGUCUCAGACAUAACACUAAUGUUCUGGCUCAUUACACUGACGGAGUAAGCGGAUGUGGUGAACAUCUUCAAAAUGAGCUGAAGAAAUCAUUCUUCUUAGUAUUCAACGGAAUAGUCAAACAACUGAGGAAAACUAAGAAUAAAGAAGAUAUUAAGUUUUUACUGAACUGUUGCAAAUGGCAAUUCACUGCUAGUGAUCAUGACAGUAUUAUAAGAAGUGAAAUUUUUGAAGUCCUACGUGAAGGAAAUGGAGAGAAUGAUGAGAAAGCAAACCCAAUUAAGUACUGUUGGGGUCAUAAAUUCAGAUAUAAGGAAGCUUCUAACUACCCUCUAUGUCAGGAUGUUCUUGACUUGUUCGAGCAAGUCCUUGUUGCCUGCUUCGCAAGAAUCAUCAAGGGUGAUAGUGGAGAGGAGCAGAAGUUAAAGAAAGCAGGUACCUCGGUGCCAAAAAUCGAGAGAGCUCAUUCCAAGUUGAACACAAGUACGACCGAGUCCUUGAUUGCGAAUGGUUUCAAGCAUGUCUUUGAGCAACUUCAGAAAUAUAUCGAGUUUACCCAAGAAUUUGAAGGAAUUGACUGGGAGUUCUAUGUCUCUAAGAGAAAUAACCAAAGACUUAAAGGAGAGAAAAUGGAAGAAUCUGAAAGCGAAGAAGAAGAUGAUGUUGCUUUGGAACCAGGAGAUCCAGGAUUCAUUGGACCUGCUAUGGCACCAUCUAUGAUGGGUGGAGGAUCCUCACUCUUUGGAGGAGGUGCUAGCCUUGCAACAGGUUUAUUCUCAGCAGGAAGAUCUAGACCUUUGAUACCUAGUGAUGGAGGAUUGUUUGGAGCAUCAACAGGUGGAGGUUUAUUUGGAUCUCCUGCCCCAGCACCAGUCGAAGAGACUAAAACAUUUGUUGCACCAAGCACUAGGAGAGAUUAUGACGAAGGAGAAGGUGAAGGAGAUCAUGAUGAAGAUGAACAACUAGAAGAAGAGGAAGAAGAUAUUAAAGAUAAAGUUCAGCAAAAGGUAGAAGAUAAAGAAAAUAGAGAAGUUAAGAAAAUUAAAGAGCUUUAUGAAGACAAAUACAUAAUUAGAUUCCUUAAGCUUAUUGAAAUCUUCUCUUCAAUUGCAACCAACCAGAAGAGGAUCUUAGGAAUGGUUCUAAAGGUUGCUACUCCAGAAGAGCUGACUAUUCUUCUAAAUCUCUUGGUUCAUUCAGCGCCAAGACAUGGAUUUACUAUUGUUAAGAUCCUUGAUAAUCUGAUCAGAGUAGGAAUUCCACAUGAGCUAUUUGAUGAAUCAAUCAAGAGGUUAUCAAAAGAAAAAGAUUCUGUUCACUCUAGAAUUAUCAAUCAAAUUACUCCUAUCAAUAAGUUUGAUAAGGCCCCAUUCCUGAAAUUUUUGUACAACUAUGUGAUCUCCAUUAGGUCAUCUAUGUGGACUGACUCCUCAUUCGAUAGUAAUGGAUCAUUCAUUCUAUCAAAUAAGAUGUUGAGCAUUUUCAGAACUAUCUUGAACAACGAUAUUUACAAAUUUUAUAAGAAAGAAAUCCUUACAGCUGUCGACCAUCUCAUCGGACACCCUGAUGAAUAUGAUCUCGAAGAGCUUGAGCCUCUUCUCAGUGUCCUCAAUGGUGGAGAAUACCUCGGACUCGGUCUUGGUACUAGCGGAGUAUCUUCAGAUGGAUCAAUGUUCACUGUACUCGGAUUUGUCAAGAAAUGGUAUGGAAUUAAAAACCCUGGAGAAGAAAACAAUAACAAUAAUAACUACAACCAGAACAAUAGUGAUGAUCUAGAUCAGAAACAUAAGCUCAACUAUUACUUGCAGGAUAAGCAGGAUUAUGUACUUGCAUUGUACUAUGACCCAAAGCACCCAGAAAGAACUGAUAUUUUCACUGCUAUUCCUGAAGAAGUUAAGUUGGCACCCAAUAUUAUCAAAGAAAGCAAUGAUAUCUUGCUUGACAAGAAGAGACUAAAUGAUUUCUUGAAGAACUUCAAGCUUGACCAAGAACUUGAAAAGAGAGAUUACAAGAUGACUACUAUUAGGACUCUUGCAUUAAAGAUCCUUGAGCAAUACAUCUCAGAUCAUGGAGAAGAGAUUAUCAAACUAAUCAACGAAGAAUUCUAUAAAUCAUUCCUGAAGAUUCUCUAUUCUGAGGCUUGCUCUCCAAGCACUGACAAAUCUGCCCAACAGAAUGACUGGAUUGAACAGAAAGUACAUGCUCUGCAAGAAUAUGCUGUUGAGAACAAGGGAAGCCUUAGGACGAACUCUGAUACAAAGGUCAGAUUCACCAACAAGAAUUUGGUUCUUACAAAAACACUCAAGAGUGCUGGAAAUCAGAAAUAUUCCAAGUGUAUUGAUCUAAUUUCAGCAAUGAACUACGGAAGAGUUAUUCUUGGUGAGAACUAUUUAGUCCAUCAAGCAGCUAAGCUACCAAAGGAAAACAAGCAUUUGAAUAAGAUCCAGGUUGAAGACCUGAGACUUAUUGACUCAAGUGAGCUCACUUCAGCUGAACAGCUCUACAGGCACUUGAAGACUACCAAGAUCAUUCUCUCUUGUGACGUCAAUAUCGAAGAAAUGCAUGAAGAACUCUUACAGAAGGACUCUGAUUUGGCUUACUUUAGAAGUGUUGUCCUGAUUGGAAAGGCUGAUUAUGAUAACCUCAAAGAAUUCCUUGAGCAUGAUCCACAGAUCAAUGUAGUUAACACUAGUGGCCUCAGCGCUGAAGAGAAGUUUAUCAGAGAAAUGACUGAAUAUGGAGGAUUUGAAGAGAAAACACUCAGAGAAAUCUUGAAAGAUAAUCCAGAUGCUACUCUGUCUCAAAGAACUAACCUUGUUGCUGACUGGUAUAAAGAACAACAAGAGAAAAAUGAUUCUAAGGAAGAAGAGAAGAAAGAUGAAUUUGCUGAUUAUAGCGAACUCGGACUUAAAUCAGAGAUUCAGGAAGAUGUCCUCUCUGAAGAUGAAUGGGAGAUCAUUGAUCCCUCAGCUAAUCCACGAAAGAGUAAAGUCAGGAAAGAGAAAUUCGAUGAAGAUCUCCAAAAACCAGAAUAUGAUGAGGAGACUAUCUUUGGAUUAGAGAAGAAUGAUAAAUAUACAGGAAUCUUCACUCAGGUCGCUACAUAUGGAAAUAUAAGCUAUCAAGACAAUCAAAAUAAACCAAAGAAACCAAGAGGAAUUCUGUCUGAGAAGGUUUAUGCUAUCAAACCAAACAACUUGGAAGGAGAUUACUUAAACGCUGUUGGAAACUUCUUCACUUCAAUGUGCAGAAAGACCAUUAUGUCUCUCUUCAAGAUUUCCAAUGUUGACAACCUACUCAAUCGUUUGUUCUAUUCAUCCAAGGAUACUCAGAACUUUGUUAAAUACGUCAAGAUUAUCGGAAACGAGCUUGUUAUCAGUAAACUCAAUCUUAUUGAUGAAAAAUCUUACGAUGAGUUCAAGACUAUUCUCAACAAUAUCUUGACUUCAUGCUACAAGAACAAGGAAUUCACUCAAUUCCUCCAUAAUCUCUUGGAGAAGAUUUUGGUGAAAGAAGCUAUUAAAGGACUCAAGACUGCUUUAGAAGGUGGAGCUAAAGAGAUCAAGACUUACUUCGACAGUGAGACCACUGCUGUUAAGGCAAUCAACUUCUACAUUCUCACUGAUAUUAUUGGACUUUACAUUAAGGAAUGCCCAGAGUUUAUCUUUGAGAAAGAACAUUUGUUCAAGAAAUUAAUCACUGCUCUCUUCUUGAUCGCCACAAUUUUCAGAUCUGAUCAAAUCUUGCAGAAGAAGGUCUACUUGACUAUUCUUAAGAUCGUUGUUAUGGUUGAGCAGAAUGUUGAUGAUUACAGUGCUAAGAUUAAGCAAGACUUGCUCUCUUUGAAGAUCUUUAAGGAUUUGAUAGAGUGCAUCAACUACACUAAGGAUUCAUCUAACUCAUAUAACUUCAAGCUUACUGAUGAGCAUAAGCUGCUGUUUGAAAUCUUCCUGAAGUUCUCUUCGUUGCAUAAAUUAUGCAGCAAGGAUGGAAUUGAACCAAUCUAUACCUACAAUCAGCCAUUAUUGACCAUUGAGAGAUGCAGAAACAUUCUUAAGGAGAGGAAGAAGUUCGAUAUGAUUUCAUACUUGAUGUACCUGAACCAUCUAGAUGAUGCUUCCAAGCAAUCUACUAUUAUGCAUGAAACAAUUCAUAACCACUUUGCCCCAAAGGUUAGUGCUAAUAUCAAGCAUGAAGGAUUCAAGAAGAUGGCCUUAAAGGUGCAGACUGGAAGUGAACUAGAACCAUUCAGCUCAGUUGCUGUCACUAGUGAUAAAGAAGGAAACAAUAUUUUAAAGAACAUCUUCCAGAAGGAUAUCACUGAUAAUAAGACUGAAGUGACUAUUUUCAACAACUCUUGUUACCUCCAUUACCCAUACAGAUCACCAAAGAUUAUUGCUUUCGGAGAUAAGGAUCAGAACAAGCUUGGAACUGAUUCAGGAACUGACAGUACUAAAGAGCCUGAAGUUGUUCCUGAAAUGUUCAAUGAGAUUAGAAGCAUCUCUACUAAUAGUACCUUCAUCUCAGCUAUUGAUGAGAGUGGAGAUUAUUACCAAGCAGGAUAUCAUAUGUACUUCAACACUAUCAAUCAGAAUAAGUUUACGAAGUCGCCUAUUCCAGGCUUCAAGCCUCAAGAAGACAAGCUUGUCAAAGUUCAAACUGGUCCAGAAAAUAUUGUUCUUCUCACAGAGAAAGGAAAGAUCUAUAUUGAAGGAAAGAAUGAAGGAUACCAGAUCGACGAUACUGGAGAUAAGUACGCAUUUGUAGAGAAGAAAACUCCAGAUGAGAAAGAAGACCCAGUAAUUGAUAUGGCUGCAGGAAAGCAACAUCAUUUCAUUAUCACUAAGUCAGGCAAACUCUAUGGUGCUGGUAACUACUUCUUGAAGGAAAUCGGACUUGAGUGUGGAAAGAAGUAUGCAAAGAUUGAACUAGCUGGAGGAGCUAAAGCCCUUAAGGUCUUCACAACUUCAGGUGAUAAACCAAAUGUAGCAUAUGUGCUAGUUGAUAACAAGGGAAGGCAGGAGCUUUGGUCAGCAGGAGAAAGUAAUAAAGGACUUCUAGGAAAAGGAGAGGACACUAAGAAGAGCAACACAUUCUCUAUUAUGGAUUAUGAACCAGAUUUUAUCAAGUUCACACAAGUAUUUUCAAAGUAUGAUCACACACUUGCAAUCACUGAAGAAGGUCAGUUAUAUGCCUGGGGAUGUAAUGUCCAGCAUAGAUUAGGACUAGAGAGCGAAGGAGAUAAAUACAUUCCAACUCAUAUUGCAUUCUUCAAGGACUAUAUUGUGCAUACAGCUGCUGUUGGUCUUUCCCACUCACUUGUAAUUGCUUCACCAAAGGAUAAUAAGAAAAAGAAGAUGGUCUUCACUAUCGGAAGAGAGGAAGGAGUUUUCUCUCACUUUGGUAUCACUAAGGAAGAAUCUGAAGAGACUGAAGAAUUCAUCACUCACCUCAAGAACUUUGAUCACCUAGAUCCAUACAUUGUAGAAGCCGGAAAUAAGACCUCAUUUGUUAUUGUUAAAGGAGAUAAACUUCCUUCAACAAAUAUCGGAGUUCACAAAGGAGUCAAAUGUGAAGUUACCAAGAAAUCUCCAGUUACAGGAACCCUCCAUUUCUAUGAAGAUGAAGCUGGAAAUAUGCAUUACUACUCUCAGAAGGGAUAUGAACAGGUUAAAGACAAGCUUCCAGCUAUCACCUUUGCUACUAAAUACCCAAUCAAGGAUCUUGAAGAAAUGAAACUACCAAAUGUCGAUGAAGAAGAAUUCUGUGAAAAUAAGGACACAGCUCUUGACUUUAGAUAUCCUUCCUUCAGAACUAACUUAAAGGUCGGAGAUAAGCCAAUUUCCAAGGUUGAACUCACUGAGAAGGAAUUUAACAAUAGAAAUCAAUAUGACUUAGACCCCCUGAUUUUCUACAGAGUGAAUAAGCCAUUGAAGGAAGGGCAAGAUCUCCCAGUUAUUGAUCUUCUUGACUUCUUCGAGCAGACUGAUAAGAAGGGACUCAACAUCGAAUUAUCUCCAGACUUUAGCUAUGAGAAGAACGAGUCGAUCAUUGAAAAAUCCAAGGACUCCUACAAAGAUAUCUAUGACCAGGUUGUCAGAUUCCCCAAACAAUGCGAUAGAGAGCUUCUCGAGACUCUCGAAAAAUACAUUGCAGCAAAAGAUUUGAACUUUGAUGAUCAGAAUAGCAAGAUAGAGAUCUUCCCAAGCGAUCUGAAGUUCAAGACUAAGAAGAUGAAGAACUUGCCUGAGAAGACUAAGCAGCAAAGAAUUAAUGCUCUGAUUGAGUUCAACAAACAAUUCUUGGGAACUAUUCCUUAUGUCUUGCUUGACGAAGAGACUCUCACUGAUAUUGCUACUGGAACACAGAAGUUGACCGAUAAAUUAAGUGAGAUGUUCAUUCUUGGUAAAGGCCUUGCCUUCUUUAGUAUCAAGAACAAGUAUAUCAAGAAUAUUGUCCAGAACUUACAGAUUGACUAUGACUGCCCAGAAGCCAGAAUCAAGAGAAGAAGAGCCCAAGCUUUCAGAGACUCUGGAAAGGUCGACCACAAGGGAGAGUACACUAUCUUCGGUCAGAUCUGGAGAAAGAUGAAGGAGAAGAACUUCAAUUCUAUGAAAAAGAACGAACCUGAAGCUAAAGCAUGGAGUGCUACAUUCCUUGGAGAAGGAAGUAUCGAUGUAGGAGGUCCAUACAGAGAAAGUAUCACUAACAUGUGUCAAGAGUUGAUGAGUGAUGUGCUUCCAUUACUGAUGAGAACUCCGAACAACAAGAACGAUCAUGGUCUAGGAAGAGACUGCUAUAUGAUUAAUCCAAAUGCUACUUCUCCAACAUAUCUGGAAAUGUAUGAGUUCUUGGGAGCAAUGAUGGGAAUGGCUUUCAGAGCUGGUCAGAUUCUUGAUUUGAAGCUUUCUCCAUCAUUCUACAAGAGUCUUGCUGGAGAACCACUCAGUUUAAAUGAUCUUAAGGCAUUCGAUUUGUAUGCAGUCCAAGCUAUUAAUGAGUUGAAAAAGACAAAGAGAACUGUAAACAAAGAGAUGUUCAACGAAUAUGCUGCUCAAACUUGGUCGAUUACUCUUUCAAAUGGAGAAGAAAUAGAACUGGUUAAAGACGGAAAACUAAGAAUAGUGCAAUACGAUGAGAUUGACGACUAUAUUUCAAAGAGUUUAGAGGCCAGAUUUAAGGAAGGAGAGAAGCAAAUGCAAGCUAUCAGAAAAGGAUUCGAAGUUAUCUUCCCAACAACAAUUAUGGGAAUCUUGACAUGGAAGGAAGUUGAAUACAGAAUCAUUGGACCUACUGAGAUUGACAUUGACCAUCUUAAGAAGAUGUCUCGUUAUGCUGGAUGUCACGAAAAAGAUGAAUUUGUCCAACGCUUCUGGAGAACAUUUGAUUCCUUCACUCAGGAAGAAAGAUCAAUGUACCUUAAAUUCGUUUGGGGUAGAUCCAGACUUCCUCCUCCAGAUACAAAGGGAGUUCAGAACCAUACUAUCUCCUUGAUGAAUGAAAGAAACUACAGAGGAGAUCACGACAAGAUGUUGCCAAAGGCAAACACUUGUUUCUUCCAGUUAGAACUUCCAAGAUACAGCAAGGACUCCAUCUGCAGAGAUAAGAUGCUAUAUGCAAUCGAAGCAUGUGGAGAGAUUGAUACAGACGCCAGCAGUGGUGCAGUACUCAAUGAGGAUGAUAGAGUCUAAUCGUCUUCCCUUUUACCUAAUUCUUGCCUUUAAGAGUUAUUACUAC